AUAGAAGUGUGUGAAGAGAUCAUACGAGAAAGUGAACCACUACGAUGUUUAGGGAUCGGACCAAUUUGUUUUUGUCUUAUAGAAGAACGUACCCUCAUCAUUCGAGGGUAUCGAGAUUUGACUCCCUUGGUGAGGAAGAGGAAGGAUUGAUCGGGACAUCAACGAAGAACAUUGAAAUGACCUCUUUGCCUCCUUCGUUCCUGGAAAUUGGCGAAGAGAUUGAUGAAUUGGUUGCUCAAAUCACAAAGCAGACGGAAAAGUUAAACGGAUUAUAUAAGAAGAAUUUGCUUCCCGGGUUCAAUGAUAGAACCACAGAUGAGGAAGAGAUCCAAAAGUUGAACUAUGAGAUUACGUCAAAGUUCCUCAGAUGCCAGAACUCCGUCAAGAAGUUUGAAACGUUGAAACGCGAUGAACGGUUAAAGAUUGAUGAUGUCAAUCUGAUCGAUAACAUGCAAAAGAACUAUGCCUUGACUAUUCAACAGCUGUCCUCAAACUUUAGGAAAUUGCAGAAUAACUAUAUCAAGUUCCUUAAGAAGGAUGAGUUUGAAGACACUCCUAAGUUGAAGCUUUCUUCAACAACUGAUCACAGCUAUAACCCAGCAGUGGAUGAAGAAGAUACUGAGCAGAUGGAGUCUUAUUCUAGAGAGGCUAUAAAGGAGUCCUCGACAAUAUUGCAGCAGAGUACCAAUAUCAACAACUCUAUCAUCAGACAGAGAGAACAAGAGAUUACCAAACUGGCACAAGGUGUGCUCGAAGUGUCGAGUAUCUUCAAGGACAUGCAAAAUAUGGUUAUUGAGCAAGGAACUGUGCUCGAUAGAAUCGACUACAACAUUGAAAAUACCAGAGUUGAGUUGAAACAAGCAAAUCAGGAGCUGACAAGAGCAACGCACUAUCAAAAGAGGACGCAGAAGUGUAAAAUCAUACUACUUCUGUCACUCGUUGUUCUGUUACUAUUUGUGAUAGUCGUUACAAAGCCUUAUCGUCACGUCCCAGGAACUGGUGGUAGUGGUAAUAGCAACAAUGAUAACAGCAAUGACAAUUCACAACCACAACCACCUACUGAUAACGAUGCUUCUGAUAGCGUUGAUAUACAGGUUGAUGAUCCAACUAUGUCAAAUGCCCAACUGUUCCUGUAGUUCACAUUCGCAUACCAUAAGAAUGCCAUGUCUAUAAUUGUUAUAGUAUAUAACGUGUUUACGAAUUAACAUUUACAUAAAGUACAAGAGCUAACGUUAGAUGUGG